AUGGCGGAGGCGGCGGCGAUCCGGCACCGGACGGUGGAGGCGAACGGCAUCUCGAUGCACGUGGCGGAGUCGGGCGCGGAAGGGGACCCCGCGGUGGUGUUCCUGCACGGCUUCCCGGAGCUCUGGUACUCGUGGCGCCACCAGAUGGCGCACCUGGCCGCGCGGGGCUACCGCUGCGUGGCGCCCGACCUCCGCGGCUACGGCGGCACCGCCGCGCCGCCCGACGUCGCGUCCUACUCCGCCUUCCACGUCGUCGGCGACGUCGUCGCGCUGCUCGACGCGCUCGGCAUCCAAAAGGUGUUCGUGGUGGGUCACGACUGGGGCGCCAUCAUCGCGUGGUACCUGUGCGUGUUCCGGCCGGACCGGGUGACGGCGCUCGUCAACACCAGCGUCGCAUUCAUGCGCCACGUCUUCAUCCGCGCCGGCGCCGCCGCCGUCAAGCCCACCGACUUCUUCCACGGCAACUACGGGCCCACCUACUACAUCUGCCGCUUCCAGGAGCCUGGUGUCGCCGAGAAGGAGUUCUCGCCGGCGAACGCCCGGUACCUGAUGAAGCAGAUCCUGUGCAACCGCUUCACCUCCUCGGCGGUAGGCGGCGAGAAGCCGGCGGACGAGGAGCCGCUGCCGCCGUGGCUGACGGAGGAGGACGUGGGGCACUUCGCGUCGGAGUUCGAGCGGACGGGCUUCACGGGGCCCAUCAACUACUACCGCAACAUGGACCGGAACUGGGAGCUGGCGGCGCCGUGGGCGGACGCCAAGGUGGAGGUGCCCACCAGGUUCAUCGUCGGCGACGGCGACCUCACCUACCACUACACGGGCAUCCAGGACUACAUCCACAAGGGCGGGUUCCAGGCCGACGUCCCGGGGCUCGACAGCGUCGUCGUCAUCCCCGGCGCCGGACACUUCGUCCAGCAGGAGAAGGCCGACGAGGUCAGCCAGCAUAUCUACGACUUCAUCUCCAAGUUCUGA